AUGGCGGCGGGGACGGAGCUGUGCCCGCACUGCCAGCGGCCCUUCAAGCGGCUCCGCGCUCACCUCCCGCACUGCAAGGCCGCGCCGGCAUCGCCAUCGGCACCGAGCCCCGGGCCUGCCCCCGCACCGGGCCCGGGCCCCGGCAGCGGCCCAGGUGCGGGGCCCGGCCGCCCCAGGAGCGGCUCCCGCGCCGUGCAGGACGUGGCCAGGAGCCUGGACUUGCACCCCGAGGAGGUGGAGGAUGUCCCCAAGAAGCUGAAGAAGGGGGUGAAGGUGGUGAUCGAGAAGCACCGAGCCAGAGUGGUCAGGGAGAAGGAGCCCCGAAGCAGGGCAGGAGCGGCGGGGAGCGGCGGGGAAGGGACGGAUCCCGGCCCCGAUCCCCACCCGCAGCGCCGCAAAACUGCCCAAAAAUCCAAGAGCAAGGAGAUUUGGAGCCAGGGAGCCGUGGGGAACGGGACUGGGAGCUCCAAGGGAGAAAAAAAUAAUUUAAAGGCAACAAAGAUACUUCCAGAGCCCCCUGACAGCAGAAAUAGCCCCGGUGACCUGGGACAGCAGGAGAGAAGAGAUAAAUUCACGGCAGGAGAGGAGCAGGGGCACCUGGACGUCGGGGUGGGAUCUAAAUGCCCCGUGGCUGCUUUGCAUCCCAAGAACCUCCAUCUGUCACUGAUGGAGGCAUGCGGAGGUCAGGCGAUAUCCAAAAAUGAGCUCAGCAGCCCGCAGGGGCUGCGGGACGGCAGGGAGCGGGUGGAGCGAGUGUCCGAGGUCAUGCUGAACCUGGGGAGAACCCCGGAGCUGGCUCUGCUCCACCCUCCCAAAAUCCAGCCCACCUGUUCAGCCCAGGUGUCUGGCAGGAGCGCCAGGACUGGCACCACGGGCUUGGAGUGGUUUCCAGACUUGUACCCUGAUUAUGAAGGGCUGAGGAUUUUUCCAGGGAAACAUUUCCAGGAGGAUGUGAGGAGCACAGUGGAGACACCCAAGGGUGAUUUCACGCAGAGGCAACAAGGUCCCCUCUCGGCGAGGCCCCUGAUGGAGGUGAGGCUGGGGGAGCUGCACACCUGGAUCAGCACCUGCAACUUCUCUCCCCAGGGGCUGCUGGGAGCAGCGCAGAGAGCCUUUAGCAGUUAUUGUGCCAAAUACAUCCACGUGAAGCAGGGAGGAGCUGCUGGAAUCUCCAUGCUCCUGGCUGGCUACUGCCUGCUCAGCUAUGGCUGGAACUAUCAGCACUUCAAACGGCGCCGCUGGCGAAAAUACCACUGAAGGAGCUGGAGCAGCACCCGAGGAACAUCCACAGCUCUUUGGGAGGCAACAGAGCAGCCAGGACUGGGAUCCCAGCAGGAAUUCCCAGCAGCAGGGGCCGGGCUGGAGCUGAGGAGGUGCCACUUUGCAGGUCGGCUUCGCGUAGCAGAGAGGGGACAGGGACAGCCUGUGGCCGCCCCUCAGUGGGUCAGGCAGCUUUUAGUAGCUAAGUGAGAAAGCAUUAGAGGCACCCUGAGAGAUGUGUGUGGGCAGGAGAGCUCCUGGAGGCUGCAGAGCCCCAGAGCCCUUAAUUGGGGCAGAGGACAGCAACUUGGCCUGAGCUGUCAUUAGAGAUUGUGACAAUUCUUCUGUAGCUCGGUGUAGUAGCAGGGUGGUUUUCAACCCCAAUAACCUUUCCCUUUAAAUUCAGAGCUGUGCCUAGCUCAGCCCAGUUUGUACUCAUCCCUUGUACUGGUGGGACUGGCCAGGACAUGUGUGAAGGCACUGGAGCAGCAGCUCAGACCACAGCACCUUAAUUCCAGGGGAAAAAAAAAAACAAAAAAAAACAAUCCAUGGGAUGAGCUGUUGUGCCCAAAGGGCAAACCCGUGCCUGCAGCAGACAAACCAGGACAGUCAGGAGUGCUAGUUGGAGCCUGCCAUUCCCAGACAUGUCUGGGAAAGGGUUGCUCAUGUUGCAGGCACAAAGGGCAAAAAGAAAAGCCAAGAAUUAAAAGUCUGAGCUCUUUACUGCACUGUGCAGAAUAGUGCUGUGACAGAGGUGUUGCACCAAAAACUUCUCACCAGCAAUUAAAAUUUGUGUGGAUUUUCCUUUCCUGCUUGGGUUGUGAUGUGAAACAUGCUGCUUUGUGCCCCUUUCCCAAAGGGAUAAGCACAUCCUCACCCCUGUCCCCAGGAUCCUGGCACCAGCCAGUCCUGCACCCCUU